UGAGCGGAAAGAGGAUCGGCAAAACCAUGGCCAUUCCACAUGCACUAGUCAUUCCCUUCUAUGGGCAAGGCCAUGUAGCACCUCUCAUGGAGCUCUCACAUCACCUAGCGGAUCAUGGUGUUCUUGUUACCUUCGUAUACACGGAGUACGUCCACAGACAUGUGACGGCAGCACUGCCGGAAAACUUUUGCAGUGACUAUGUUGGAAGAAUCCGGCUGGCGACCAUACCCGACGGCUUAGCUAGUGAUGAGGACCGCCAAGAUUUACACAAGGUUUUUUCUGCCAUAUCAAACACCAUGCCGAGUUUCCUGGAGGAGCUCAUACUGAAGCUGCGCGAGAAGGAUGAACCCAAGAUUACUUUUGUAAUUGCUGAUAUGGUUAUGGGAUUCGUUUUAGAUGUUGCCAAGAAACUCAACCUUCCGAGAGCUGCCUUCUGGCCUGCUUCAUCCUGGACACUAACCACAGUACUCAACAUUCCAAAGCUAAUUGAUGAUGGAAUCAUAGAUCAGAAUGGGUUUCAAACGGGUAACAAAUUGGUUCGAUUUUCUGAAGGAUUGCCGGCUUUCAAGUCUUCUCAUUUGUGCUGGGUGCCCUUUGGAGAUGCCAAACAGCAACGCAUAUUCUUCAAAUACCUUCAAUCGUGUGGCAACUCCGUAAGAGGCCUAAGCCACAUACUCUGCAACACAUUUGAGGAGCUCGAGUCGCCAUUUCUUCAUCUCAUCAACAAUGUGAUUCCAAUCGGUCCUCUUCUCGCAGCCAACAAAGCCAAGCACCAACCAUCUUCAAUCUGGGCCCAAGAUUGGAGCUGCAUCGACUGGCUCAAUCAGCAACCAUCUUCCUCAGUCAUCUAUGUCUCACUGGGAAGCACCACGGUGCUUAGCCGGCACCAACUUGGCGAACUCGCCCAUGGACUCGAGCUCACCGGCCGGCCAUUCCUCUGGGUCUCUAUACCUGACCUCAUGGACAGUUCCGGUGGCACUGUGUAUCCGGAAGGGUUCAUGGAUCGAGUUGCAAAGCGUGCACUUAUUGUUGGAUGGGCUCCACAAAAGGAAAUACUCUCUCAUCCCUCGGUUGCCUGUUUCUUGACUCACUGUGGCUGGAACUCGACCAUGGAAGCAGUGAGCAAUGGAGUCCCCAUGUUGUGUUGGCCUUACUUUGCCGACCAGUUUCUUAACCAAACCAGCAUAAUUGAGCUGUGGAGGGUGGGCUUGAAGCUGGCAAAGGAUGAUAACGAGAUUGUUGGGAGAGAUGAAAUCAAGGAGAAAUUGGAGUUGGUGAUGAAUUAUAAAGGAAUGAGAGAGAGGGUUGCCAACCUGAAAGAGAAGGGAAAGAAGGCUACCAUGAAGGGUGGUGCUUCUGCUAGGAAUUUUGAAGGGUUUGCAGACAUGAUGAAAAAGGGAAACAUGAGCAGUUUGGAGCAUUAAGUUUAUUGCUUUCAACAAGUGUUGUUUCAACUGUAAAUGAUGUGUAUGAUUUCUAUCAUUGUUAAUUAAAACUUGUCAA